AAAUAUUUAUUUCAAUGGAUAGUACAGUUUUACCUAAAAAUAGGUGUGCUACAAAACUUAAAGCAUCAAAUAAGCAUGAGUCCUUUGAGAUUCCAAUUAUGCAAGUGCCGCAAUUAGCUUUGGGCACACCAACUUUGAACAAACUUCAAUUAUCUUUGCUGCAUAGUCUCCUCGAUACGAUAAUGCAGAAAUUGGACUGCCAAAAUGACAAAAUUAAAGUAAGUGAAAUUCUUGGUCACAUAAUGGAAACCAAUUUAAAAACAAGUACCAGUUCACCAGUACCAUUCUUUGUAAAAGGUAUGGAUAGUCCAACAUUUACAGAUAAAAUAAAUGAGUUGCGAAACGACAUUGAUGCAGUUUUGCCCAAAGUUUAUAAAUAUAUACAACCAAAGGUUAUUAAGUAUGACCAUCCUUGUUAUAUACAUCAUCGAUACAAUGCAAAUGGAUGCAUACUUCUAUCAAACAAAUUAUUCUAUGCACCUUUUAUGGAAGAUAUAGUUGUAGAUUUAUCAAACUAUAUUACAUAUAUGGAAGAAUUAGUCGACUAUAUUGGCAUAGAUACCGAAAUAUAUCAAUACUGGACUAAUAAUAUUUAUUGCUACAUAUAUCUUUUGCUUUUUCUUGAAGAGACUAUUGGACCAAUGCAUAAUCUGUUACACGAUUAUUAUUAUAGAUAUUUAGAAGGCAUGAUUUUCUUACAAAAUGCUUUGGACAAUAGAUUUGAUAAUAAGGACUUAUUAAAAAUAAAAACUGAGGCGAAGGAACUAUUUCAAAGAAUUGAAGAAAUGUUGAAAGAACUGGAAUUUGAACAAAAACGUCUUAGAGUAGUUGGUUUCGAUUUAAAUUGUGACGUAUGUGGUAAAGCUGAGAUUGGAAGAACUCCUGAUAUGAGCGUAUUUGAUAAACCAGCCAUUAAUCCAGAAACCCUGAUGAAAGAAAAAGAUCCUUUAGAAUUGUAUAGAACGUAUUUGAAAACUAAAUGUGAUCCAGAUCACUUUGAUUUAAUUGAGGGAUAUAAUACAGCAUUGUUUCGUAAAGCAUAAUUAAAAGUUUGGGUCAAAAUAUUUUAUGAUAUUGGUAAUAGGUGAGUAUAAAAGUAUGUUAGUGUGAAUGUAUAUUUUUUAAAAUGAAAAAUUAAGACAUUAUUAAACAAAUCAAAAGUUCGA